CGUCUAGCUGAACCUGUCCCCCUGAAAUCGAUUGAGCAAUGGACACCAAUGCAGAGUCUGCGGAGAGCUCGUGCGACUCGAGUGCCCCGUCGGACAAUGGGGAGGAGGAACCUGACUCCGACGCAACCACUCUAGCUGACAUGCCCGAGGAGGCAGGCAAUCAGCCCGGCGACAUGGAGUUCAUCUCCAAGUGCGUGAAGUACAUGGAUAUGCUUGACGCGGCCCUGAGGGUGGCCUCUGUAGAUUUGCAAAGUUGCUUUGGGACUGCCCCCAUGUUAGUGGAUGGUGAUGCCCUCUUCAGAGAGGUCGGCUGGGACCCCUACACUGACUGGAGUUGUGGGGGGCAGCUGCUCCAUUGCGUGUACUUGGCCGAGAAGAUCUUUGCGGGACUGGUGGAGAGAGGUGUCCAGCUGCACCUCUUCUUCUUCGCUGCGGAGCUGAACUUCCUGGCGCCUCGCCAGCGCCUCUUGUGGCUGCUGCUCUGCGAGCACUUCCGCCGUGCAGAGGGCCAGGUGAAUGGGAUUCGGCACCACCUCUUUGAAGGGUCCUGGCUGGACAAUGGUGGCGCUCUGCUGAGUCUGGCAAGGGCAACCAACCCAUCCUGCGUUCUCACGGACUUUGCAAGGGCCGCGCCGCCACUGGGCGCAGAUGAUGUUACCCUCUCGGACCUGUCGCAAGUGAGGUCCUGCGGCUUCGUCCAUUGGCUCCACUGCAAGGAGCUGCGGGCAGUGGAUCUCGAAGGCCUCAAGACGGACGGGCCUCGGAUCCGCGCGUCCACCCUAGAGCUUCGCGUGCCUUUCUCUGUGCCCCUGCGCCUCCUGUCCAUCCGUUGCGCGAAUUCGACUCCGCCCGAAGCUUCGCUUUGCCUAGAGCCCGACGCCUCACUGCGAGUAUCCGUCGGGCUCCAUGCUCUGGGGUGCUUGUCACCCGGUCAGGCAAGCAACGAGGACCCGACGCGCGGCUUGUGCGCGGUCUUCUGCGCAUGCCUGGCGCUGAUGGAGGUUUUGCCUCUUGAGAUGCGCAGUGUGAGCAGAUUGCAGCCACUGCCAGACAGCCUGGGUUUCUUGAACUUUGUGAGCAGGCUGCAGGAGGGCAUGCAGCAAGCACUGGUGUGUCUAGGAAAGGCAGGUCCCGCCUGGGACAGAACGGCAGGUCCCGCCUGGGACAGCACGCUGGCCGACAUUUUUGAUGGCCGGCUGCUGUGGGCUUUGACCAGCAAAUGCGUACGGGGGACAAUCGUUUCUGGAGACGGCGACCUUACCUUAUCGUCACACUCGUUGGAAUUUACGGAGGGCCUUUGGCACAAGCUGCAUGCAGGCAACCUCAACGACGCCUUCCAAAGCUUGGAACACAGCGAGACUUUGCCCGACAAAUCACCGGCCAAGGCUACCGAGACCGACUCUGAGCCGCAGGUCGCGGAUUUGCUACCGGUUCCGUGGGUAUCGCAGGCUUUGGGGCAUGGCGCAACCUUUGCGUGCGGCUCCAACCCGCAGCGGCCGUUUGCGCCCCAUCAUUACCACAGCUGUGCGCCAUUGGAUGCCGCUGAGCCAGAUGCCUUUGCCACAGAGUCCUCUGCGCCUGUGCGGAAUCUUAGGGUCGAAAACGAAGGGCGGCUGCAGGACAUCCUGCAAACCUUGCAGCCGGAUUGCAGGGUGGAGUUUCCGCGCAAAGGCAAGAUGGAACGUUGGAUGCGUCAAAUUCGUGCGCGGGGAGUGGUGUUCACACUCGCCCACUUCACUGACCCAACCCGUGCCGACGCCCCUGUAACGAGUUUGAGUGCCCUGAAGGAGCUUUUGGGGCCUAUGCCCCGUUUCCCCAUUGUACUCAGCUUUCGCAUGGACAUGUCCGACCGGUACAAAGUGAAGAAAGCUCAGUUGGUGGCUGCACGCGACCAAAAGUUCCUGGAGUCCUUGUUGCAAGGCAGCCCUGCCCCGCGCCAGACCAUCUCUGAGAAGACGGCGCCUGCCCAGCUGCAGGCGCUGCGUGCUGCCGCCGAGGCUCGGCUCACUGAGCGCCCUGGCUUGGGAACGGCCCCCCGCGGGACGAAGCGGAUCGUCGGGUCCGUCGAGCGGGUUAAGCAGCAGGCCCUGGCGGCGCAGCAGAAGAAGAGCGCCAAGCAAAGCCUCGAGCAGGUGAAGAGCAUCAAGGAGCAGUUCAAGAACCUCUCAAGUGCCCUGAAAGCCAAGGAGGUCGCGACCUUGCUCAAGCGCCUGCGGCGCUGGUGGGAGGAGGACAGCAAAGACGCCUUCUUUGAGGCUGCGAAGCUGUGUACGAAGGCCUGCCCGGAGCUGGAUGAGAGCCUCCCCCAAGAGAAGUCCCGGCGUAAGCGCAGCUUCCAGAUGCUGCAAGAGGUUCUGAGGGCUUGCGGGGGCCCGGAGACCUUGCAGGGCACCGAACUCUUGGAGAAGUUGCAGAAGUUGGCGCAGAAGCAUUUGAAGAUGCCGGCUUUGGCCGUGGCCUUGGGGGCCUCCCCGAAGGCCCAAUCCAAGCGCACCCCGGCUUCCAUCUCCGGGGUCGAUCCGGAGGCUUGCGCUUUCCGGUUCCAGCUGCGUGCUUGCCCGGAGCACCUGGCCAGGCCGGUGGGCGCUGCAGACUCCCGAGUGCAGGGCUUCAAGCCGGACCUGUGGCAGUCGACCCUGCUGGACGUGGUGGAUGCGAACCAGUCCGCCCUGGUGCAAGCGCCCACGGCCUCGGGCAAAACCUUCAUCGGCUUCUACGCCAUGGAAAGGGUUUUGAGGCAAGGCGACGAGGGCGUUCUGGUCUACGUGUGCCCCACCAAGGCGCUGGCCAACCAGGUGCACGCGGAGAUCCAGGCUCGGUUCAGCAAGACCUACAAGGAUGGCCGACCCUUUUGCGGAAUCUUCACACGAGACAGCCGCAGCGAGCGCUGCCAGGAGUGUCAGAUCUUGGUGACGGUGCCUCAGUGCUUGAUCAUCUACAUGCUCAGCCCCACAGCCAAGGGCCACGGGUGGUUGGAGCGCUUGCAGUACGCCAUUGUUGACGAGGUGCAUUGUCUUGGCGGUGAGGAUGGCAGCGUAUGGGAGCAGGUGCUGUCCUUGUUGCCCUGUCCAGUGCUGGCCUUAUCCGCCACCCUAGGCCAAGGUGAGGCCUUCACUGCUUGGCUCAAGGAUUUGGAAGCCCAGCGUGGCAGGGACCUGCACGUGGUGAAGCACUUCGGCCGUUUCAACGACCUACAGACUUGGGUCUUCGAUGGCGAGGGCUUGCAGCAUCUCCACCCCUUCUUCGCCCUGCAGCCCUUGGUCUCGGCAGGGGCGCCCCGCCCCAACAGUCUCCACUUGAUCCCGGAGGAUGCGUUGCAGCUCUACGACGCCCUGGGCGCCCCGCAGGACCUGGCGCCCCAUGCCGUCUUUGACAAGGCCUGGGACCUGGGCAUGACGGAGGCGCGCGCCUGGGCAGAACGGGUGGCUGAACGCUUUGACCAGGCCAGCUGUCGCGAGCAGGUGGUGCAGGAGGUGGCCAAAGAGGCGGUGACCGCCUUCCAGCAGGUGGAUGCUGCUUUGAAAACCUCGGAGGAGUUCCAGUACUUGUUGGAGAACAUUGGUGCCCUGGUGCAGGAGCUGCAGACGGCAGACAUGUUGCCGGCCAUUUGCUUUCACAACGGCAGGCAAGGGUGCGAGAAGCUUGCGAUGAGGCUGGGCUUAGGCUUGGCAAACCAGGAGAAGAGAUGGCGAGAGGUCAACCAAGUCGAUGCAAAGCUGGAGCAGCUUAGAAAUCGCUUGGGUGCGGUGCAGGCCAGCCUUGCUCGGGUCGAGCAGCUUCAAGCAAGCGGGGAGGGAGGUACAAUCAAGGUCUCAGGGGGGGAGAUGGAUAUGAUUGAGAUGGAGAAGGGGAUCAUGAGCGAGAUUUAUCGUCUCCAAGCGAUUCCUCGGGAGUUCACCUGGACACCGGCUGGGCAGCAGCAACUCACCCCUUCUUAUGUGGAUGAAGAGCUUCCCCGGUUCCACCACUUUGACCACAGGAACCCCUUGCACCAACUCCUUCUACGUGGCAUCGGUGUGCACCACGCUGGCCUGGCAGCCCCGUACCGAAAGCUGGUGGAGCGCUUGUUCCGCAUGCAGCGCUUGGGCAUCGUGGUGUCCACCUCGACGUUGGCCUUGGGAAUCAACAUGCCGUCCAAGACCUCGGUGUUCGCCGGGGCCUCGGUCUAUUUGACCCCCAUGCAGUUCCAGCAGGAGGCGGGACGGGCAGGGCGCAGGGGCUUUGACCUCCGCGGGCACACAGUCUUCUUUGGUGUUCGGUCCAAGGAGGUGCAGCAACUGUUGGUGGGGGAGCUACCGGUGAUGCAGGGCAACGAGCCCCUGACCGCCUCACUGGCUUUGUGUCUUGCCACGAAGGCCCAAAUUCUGCCGACCACAGCCUCGGCUGUGGCAGGGGCAGCCGGCCGCGCGCUUUGCCCUUUCGCGUGCCAGGGGGCCAGCAGUCGGGCCCAGAGAGCCAACAUGUUGUGCUUUUUGAUGCGCCAGCUCUUCCACGAGGGCUUCCUGGGUGCCUCAGGGGUCACAGACUUUGCAGGCUUUGUGGCGCAUGUCUGGUGGCAGGAGCCAGGCAACUUUGCCUUCGUGGCCUUGCUGCAGGAGCGGGGACUACUGACAAAGCUUUGCCAGGGCCCUCGCGAACACUUGGUGGCGGUGCUGUGCCACUUCUUCAACCGGAAGCAAUUGGAGGGCUGGCAGUGCCGGAAGAAGACACGGCCCAAGACGUCUUUGGUGGUCCUGCCUCCGCUGCCUCCUGAGCUGCAGAUGUUGCUGCGCACCCACACACUGCGGACGUUGCAGUUGGCGGUGGCGCAGCUGCGAAUGGUGGUGCCGCAGCUGGGCCCCGGCGACACGCUGCCCCUGACCCGGGCCCGGCCCUGCGUCGUCGGAAGUGGUGCCAAAAGCGGUAACGACCUGCGCUCGCCCUUUGUGGCUUUGUCCCGGGGAGACGACGACUUCGGCAGCAUCUCGGAGUUGUGUGCGACGGCUCGAGAGGGCCUGCGUCUGGACCCCAGCAUGUUCCCUGCUGUGGAUGACACGGAUGAGCCGAUGCUGAAUGCAUACCUCCUGGACUUCUACCGUCAUGGCCAGCUACCUGCGCUGGUGAGACACAACAAGAUCCCGGAGACGGAUGUGUGGAAGCUGUUGGAAGAUUUUAUGUUUGUCCUCCGAGCUCUGGCUUCAGCUGCCAAGCAUCGCCACGCCAGGGCUCAGCAGAAGGGGAAUGCACUGGAGCUAGGAGAGACGGAUGUGGUGUCAACCUUCGCGACCAUCAGUGUGGAGUUUGAGUCGAUUUUCCGAGCCCGCGGUGGCCAGAACCACACAGCUUGAUUGUUUGAUCCAAGGCGCUUUGUCUUGGGGUCGUUUGCUCGCGCCGAAGGCGUUGCAGGCGAGGCUCAGAGCGUGGUUUGACCUCGGAGCCAUCAUGGCUCGCUUGGGUCGCAAGUUCCGAGAAGUUCUGGGCUCGGUUGCAGUGAUGGUCCUUGGGAGGCUGUUGGGGUGAUUGAUGUCUUCUCGCUUGCGUUCUUCUCUGAGCCGGAUUUUGUUUUGCGUCAUCCGGAACAGGCCCGCACUGACUUCAUUUGGAA